AAAAGUCAUUCCUUUUACCAGCCAUAAUGCACAAUAUGAUCCCAUAACAAUAAUGGAAGAUCAAAAACCCUUAGAUGACAUAAUCAUGGAAACUCUUUCUACCUUAACCCCUCUUCAACUCUCAAAAUUCACUCACCACUUCUCCUCCGUCUGCCACCGCAAUCGCCACCGUAUUUUCUCUCUCCUCUCUUCUCCUACCCUCUUCUCUCUCACUCUCCACCACCUCAACUCCCUCUCUCUUCAAUGUAAAUCCCUCCUCAUUGCCCGUUACCACUUGUCUAAACUCACGAUUUUAGUGUAUUUCAGGCAGAAAAAUAUAAUUUUGUUACCGUCAUCAUCAACCACCACCAUGAACCUUCGGGAUGUGGACGCAGUUCUACUACUAUUACUCCUAUGUGAACUACGUCAACACGUCCCGGAGGCACUUGAUGCCUCGCCAUCAUGUUGGCGCCAUAUUCUUCGUGACUAUAUGGCUAAUGACAUCUUGAAAUUAUCCGGUAUUGAAAGUUCUAGUACUGAAGUGAUACUCAAGUUCAUUGAGCUAGUGGUUAAGUGCAAGAAUUUUGUUAAUGUCAUGGCCUAUGAUAAUGAUGGUGAUCAGGGGCGGAGCGACGGAAUAUCUAGCUCAGUCACCGAUGAUGUACGAAAAGAUGGGAAGAAGUUGGCGGCAUCCGUGGCGGUGGUGGUGGCGCUCCCAUCAGUGGAAGUUACUGCCGAUGAAAAUGAUCAGUGUGUGAUAUGCAAAGAAGACAUGAAAAUAGGCAGAGAUGUUUGCAAAUUACCAUGUGAUCAUAUUUUCCAUUGGAAAUGUAUAUUACCAUGGUUGAAGAAGACCAAUACUUGUCCAUCUUGUAGAUUUCAGCUACCGUCCGAUGAUGUUUUGGCUGAGAUCCAACGGUUGUGGGAAGUUCUAGCUAAGAUGAGUGGUGCCACGUAGUUAGUUAAUUAUAUUGGUGGAUUAAAUUCUAGUAGCUAUCUUUUUCAUGCCUAGCUAGCUAGAUUAUCAAUCCAAAAAAUAUUUGUACACAAUUUAUUUUUCCAAGUGCAGUAUCUUAGAAAAUGUGGCAAAUGCAUAGAUAUACAUAUUUGUCUUCGUCAA